AUGCUUCGUGCGCUGCGCAAUCGUGGAGCAGGCCGUGCGCGCCCCGCGGCGGUGGCUAUUCGUCGUUGGAAGAGCGAGGAGACUUCUUCACCUGUGCAGAAACUUAGCGACGACAUCCGACGCUCACAGGAGGAGACGCGGCGCGUGCUGCUGCUGAUCCGCACAUUCAAACAGUAUGGACACUAUGUCGCUCAGAUCGAUCCGCUACAGAAACGGGAAAAGCUGCCGGAGUUGGAGCGCUGGAUCAAUGGCGACCGGUGGGUGGAAAUGCCGUUUUUCGACGAUUUCAAUCUGCGCAGCCUUGCAUCCAAAAAUCUGCUCGAGCUCACGACGCAUGGUUUUACUGCCAGUGAUUUGGAUCGGUUUUUUUUCAUUGGCCAAGAUCUCUCUAUUGGUCCUGUAGCGACUCUGCGAGAGAUCGUGACAGAGCUACGGGAGCUUUUCUGUGGACACAUUGGCCUCGAGUACCAACAUCUGCGUAACCGAGAUGCUGCGCUGUGGAUCCGCGAACGUCUUGAAAAAUAUAAGAAGGCGAAUAUGCUACGUCAAAUGGUUCAGGCAGAACUGUUCGAGCGAUUUCUUGGGCGUCGCUUUUCUGGAGCAAAACGCUUUUCUAUUGAAGGCUGUGAGAGCUUGAUUCCAGGUCUUUGUGAACUCCUCGAGAGCGCCAGUGAUCACGGAGUGGAGGUUGUUCAGAUGGGGAUGGCACAUCGCGGCCGUUUAAACGUUUUGGCGAAUGUCUUGCAACGACCGUUGCGCUCCAUUAUCUCCCAGUUCCAGCCGUAUCUGCCAGAUGAACCGGACUAUCCGAAUAACUCUGAUGAUGUUCGGUACCAUCUUGGGACAUCAUCAGUUAUUGAAAUGCGCAAUGGCAAACAGCUGGAAGUGACUUUGGCGGCAAACCCAUCGCAUUUGGAAGCGGUAAACCCGGUUGUUCUUGGCCAAGCACGAGCCUGUCAAACGCAACUUGGGGAUAAUGGUAGCCGAGUAAUGCCGAUUCUGAUCCAUGGAGACGCUUCAAUGUUUCAGGGAUCAGUCCGAGAGGCGCUGGGGUUCAGCUCACUGGAGGACUUCAGAACUGGAGGAACGAUCCACGUGAUCAUCAACAAUCAAAUUGGCUUCACAACGUUACCCAAGAACGCAGACUCAGCUGUGUAUUGCACCGAUGUUGCUAAAGUUUCAAGAAGUCCUAUCUUCCACGUGAACGCUGAUGAUCCGGAGGCGGUGGCAAAAGUGAUGAGAAUUGCGGUCGAAUACCGUCAAAUGUUUCAAUGUGAUGUGACUAUCGAUUUGGUGUGCUACCGUCGUCACGGUCACAACGAACAAGAUUCACCGGAAAUUACAGCUCCGAUCAUGUAUUAUUUCAUCAACAAGCACCCCCACAGCGAAUAUCACCACUCACGCAAAAUCCAACCAGGAUGGGACGACCCUGGGGAUACAUCGUGGAAGACUGAGUGGUAUACCGACACAAAGAGUCCUAACUCGGAGACACUACCGGUAGCCAACAUUCCAAGUGUUUGUGACAUCAACGACAAGCAAAUCUAUGAUCGGUCGACGGGUGUUGAGCAGAAAUUUUUAGAACAGGUAGGUAGCCAACUCUUCCGCAUCCCGCAGGGUUUUUCAGCGCAUCGCAAGGUUGAGGCCAUUAUGAACAAUCGCUUACGUGCAGUUGAAACUGGUGCGCGGGUGGACUGGGCAACAGCAGAAAUGUUGGCUUUCGGCAGCCUCUUAGUGGAAGGAGUCGCUGUGCGCCUUAGCGGACAAGACUGCGAACGUGGUACCUUUAACCAGCGACAUGCCGUCCUCUAUGACCAGUAUGCAGCGCUAUCUGGACGCAACUCGGCGUACACACCUCUUAACAACCUUGACGUAGAGGGAGUCAGAAGCACGCUUCAAAUGACUGGAUUAGAAUCCGCGCGGCGGGGACGUUUCGACGUCGUUAACAGCCCACUAAGUGAAGAAGGAGUACUUGGCUUCGAAUACGGAUAUUCCUUGCAGACUCCUAUGGGGUUGACUAUCUGGGAAGCCCAAUUCGGUGACUUUGCGAAUGGCGCCCAGACAAUGAUCGACACUUUUAUCACUACGGGAGAACAGAAGUGGCAACGACAGUCGGGUAUUGUGCUGAAUUUACCACACGGUUUUGAGGGCCAAGGGCCCGAGCACAGUAGCGCACGAAUUGAGCGUUUUCUCCAGUUAGUCAACGAAGAAAGUGACGAAUUCACUCAGGAACAGGAUGUGAAUGCAGCCAUUACUAGGACCAACGUUCAGGUGGUGAUUCCAUCCACACCGGCCCAGUACUUCCACGCACUUCGUCGGCAAGUAUCCUCCAGCUAUCGCAAGCCGUUAAUCAUGUUCACGCCGAAGUCGCUUCUUCACCACCGCCCGUGUAACUCAGACUUGGCUGACUUAAGCUUGGGCACCUCAUUCCAGCGCGUGCUCCCACCUCACCCCGAUGAUCAAGUUACAAUGGUGAACGACGGCGAGAUCCGCAAAUUGGUGCUAUGCUGCGGCAAAAUUUACUUUCCGGUGCGCGUUGGUAUGCGGAGCCGUGGAAUCCGUGAUAUCGCUACGGCUCGCAUUGAGCAGCUUGCUCCAUUCCCGUUCCACGAAGUGGCAGACUACAUCGCUCUAUACCCAAAGGCGGAGAUCGUAUGGGUCCAGGAAGAGCCGAAGAAUAUGGGUGCCUAUAGUCAUGUUCUUCCGCGAUUGCUGACGGUGCUGAAGCAUCUGGGCGACCCUCGCAAGUUUUCUUACAUUGGACGUCCACCCUCUGCUUCGCCUGCUACUGGGCAAUAUGAAGUGCACCUUCAGGAGAUGAAGGCAAUUAUCGACGAGGCACUCGCGUGA